UCAUAGUUAAAAACUUAAGAUAUAUGCAUGAACGAUAUAAUUUUUCGUUUUUGAGCACAUCAAUCUGUUUUAGCGUGUUUACCCCUUAAUAUUUUUAUGCAUUAGUAUUAUUUACUUCGUAUAAACAUAAUUCUCUAAAUUGUUGAAAAUUUUAUUUUCUAACAAGGUUUGUUAAUCAAAUCACAUCAUCCUAAUUUACUAUCAUACGUAUAAAGCUAGGAUGUUACUCUACAUUCGUAAAGGAUACGAUUUGACGCGUAAAAACUCGUUGAACAUCUGGGGAAGACGGCAUGAGUGUUAAUAAAUACUCGAUACAACUCUGCACACUGGAGGAAACAGCUUUGGUUAACAGCUACGAAAAAAACUUUGCGAAGGCCACGACUCUUGUUCGUCUUACUUGUAUGUAUCUUAAUUUUUCUCUGUUGGUUUAAGUUGUAUUUCUGCAGUCUUCUUGUCUUAACUGCAAUAUCUUAACUUUUUGUAAUUGCCGUAUUGUAUACACGAUAUAAUAAAAGACGUGAAGAUCACAAAACAACGAAAGAACUUUACUCUACAUCCUUGGAUCUAUGCAAUGAUGAGUUUAGUGAUAUGGUGGUUAUUGUGGCUGUUAUUUGGUCAUGGAUUCACAAUGAAAAUGGGUUGGAAUGAAGAGCUUGAGUUUUGUGAGGAAGAAUGGAAGAAAUUUGUCGAGGAUAUAAUUGAAAUCGAUUCGAAAUGCAACAAUACUCCUACACGUUGUUGUGUUGAGGAGAAGAAAUAUCUUUUGGAGCGAUUUAAAAUGUUUAGUGAAAUAUGUCCACUUGAAGGGACAUGUGGAUGCAGCCCGAUGAUUUUGAACUUUACUACUAGGUCAUACUACUAUAGUGCACUCUCAGGAUGGAAAGAACCUGAAAACUUCACGUGUUCACAUAAGUACAUAAUUGAAACAAUAGAAAAACCACCAUGGUGGACAAAACCACUUGGAAUCGGACAACACAAAAUCCCUUACAAGUAUGUUUUAUACGGUGGAAAAAGUCACAACUGUUAUGUUUUCAUCAACGUGAAUCUAAAACGACAAGAUAUGAAUGGAUUUUUCAUCAAACAUGUUCAGUCAGGAAAGUGUGUUCAAGAUUUUUAUGCAAUUUUCUUGGAGCUUUCAUGGAAUUGUUUUGACAUGAGAGCUAAUUUUAAAUUUUUACAAUCUGGCUCAAUCAUGAAACUGAAUACAAAAGAUUGUCUUUCGAGUGGAGGCAACCGAAUUUCUUUGUUGCGCUCUUAUGUAAAUUUAAAUGAAGAAUGCGGAGCCAUCAAUAGUAUAACCCAAACAUUUUGGGGUGGUCUAUUCCUUUCACGCUUUAAUAAAUGUAUAAUAGCUUCAGAAGGAUCUGACUUCUUGGAACAUGUCAGUUGUAAAAAUGAAGAAGAUCAGCGAUUCAAUUUUGGCUCAGUAACAUGUGCUGGAAAAAUUAUAUCGGACGUCAGUUGUUCUAAUAAUCAAUAUAUGGUGAUAAAAGUUGCAGAAUAUCGUGGAUUGAGAAACAGGAGCAUUUGUGGCUUAAGUUUUGAUUAUAAUUGUAGUGUUGAUGUAACCUGUGACCUUAAAAAUUACUGUGAUGGUGAAAGGGAAUGUAAUGUAACUGUUGAUGAUAAUCACUUUCCUUCAAAUAUUUGUCCUGGUUUGGAGAAAUAUCUUUACUUUGAGUAUCAAUGUAACUACACAAGUAUGCCAUACAGAAAAAUUUGCAAUCUUAUGGAUGUACGCCUGUCUCACUCGAAUCUUCCCAGUGAAGGUGUCGUGAAUGUUAUUACCAAGUUUCGAAACUUCACCAUAUGCAACAACAGUCUUUUGCAUAAAAUGAAGACCAUUAUCUGUAAACAUCUUGGUUAUCCUACCGCAGCAUCUUGGAAAGGCUCAAUGUCACUAUCAUCUUUGUUGCAUCAAUCGUUUAUACCUGGAAAUGUCAAAUGUGAUGGUCGAGUGAAUGAUUUAUCUCAAUGUGCUAUCAUUCAAAAUGAUGAUUGCUCUCAAUAUUCGUACAUUACAUGUCAUGUUUGUGGUAAUCCUCUAUUAAAAAACGCAGAAAUAUUCCCAGAUUCUUGGUUUACUGCCUUCCCAAAGAGUCGUAAUGCUUCUAAAGCAAGAAUAUCCAGUGGUAGUUCAUGGUGUGCUCCUGCUGCAGAUGGCAAUUAUUAUUUUCAACUGAAUUUCCCAAGUCUUUAUACAGUUAACGUUAUCGCAAUCUUUGGUGACAGUUCAAGUUCAAGGUUUGUAACUGAAUAUCACUUGCAGACAAACAUUGAUGGUGUGAACUGGAAAACUGAAAAAUCCCAGAAGAUUUAUCUAGGAAACAAAAAUGGUUACAAUGAUGCGGCUAUUGAAAAGAUUUCUGGUGGCCUUAAAUCAAAAGCUUUGCGAAUCUUUCCUUUGAAAUUUGUUGGUGCACCGUGUUUACGAAUUGAAAUUUGUGGAGGAGACUUACUCCCAGACAAGCCAACAGAUCUUAUUGCAACCAAAUCUGCAUCGACGUACCUCGAGAUAUCAUGGAAACAUCCCCAAAAAACUGGUGUAAAACUUGGUACAAAUAUCUCGAAUCCUCUCACAAGAUAUCUAUUGAUUUUGCUGAAAGAUACUAUGAUUGUUUUCAAUAAAACUUUGGAGGUAACUGACAAAAAACCGUACAACAUUACGAAUAUUGUUCCUUACGCAACGUAUACAGUUAAUGUAACCGCUGGCAAUUCUGAAGGCUUUGGUAGAUCAACUACAGCUACUUUUAGAACUGCUGAAGAUGUUCCCGAAGGUCCACCUUUAAAUGUUCAAAUUGUCGCCUUAAGCAGUUCAUCGUUAUCAGUUACGUGGGAGCCACCAGACAAGAACAAAACAAAUGGAAAGAUAGUCAGUUACACUGUUUGUAUUACACAUUUGGAGAAUGAAACCUGUUCAAUAAAGUAUAUGAUCGAGGAACAGCAUUUGGUCAUAAAUAAUCUGAAACCAGUGACAAAAUAUUAUGUUCGUGUUUUAGCUUCUACAAUAGUGGGAUCUGGAUGUUACAGCAAUGGUAAAUGGGUAUUUACAAAUAGAUUGGCACCUGCACUGUCCACCAAGCAGAUUGGAAAUACGUUGACUUAUUUGUUGCAAAAUCCAAACUUGGAAUACCGAUAUUUCUAUGUAGUUGCGAUGAAAAAUGUCACAGAAGACAGUCGACUGCCUUCCAACUUUAAAAACACAGACUUAGUGACUUAUUCUAAGGCCAUAUCUUCCACACAACCAAUGCCGUAUAUUGCUGCUGUAGUCUCUCGCAGAGACUUUAAGCCUAAUUUUACACUUGGUCAUGGUGAUAACACAACACGGCGUGCCAAUGGGGAAAAUUAUUUUAAUGGCCCGCUAAAACCUGGCACUAGCUACAAAAUAUUUCAGCGCGUUUUCAUAAAUGAUCAGGGUGAUUAUUAUUCCACUGACUGGAGUCCAGUGGCAGCAACUGCCCAAAAGCACAAGUCUUCAGACGGUGGAAACAUUGGAGCUAUUGCUGGUGCAGUUGUAGCUGCUGUUUUGGUCAUUAUUCUUGUCAUAUUGGUCAUUCUUUUUGUUAGGAUCAAUUCAAAUUCUGCUACAGUGCAGUGAACUGCGUAUUGUAGUCAUUGAACGGAUACUAAAAGUUCUCAAAAAUUUGGGAAGUUGAAUUUUUUUGCAAAAUUAUUUGACGUUUUUUUGAAAUUUAGCGUACUAUGAAAGAAUAUAAUUAAACAUAAAAUUUUUAUUUCCUUUUUAACUAUAAGAGUGAACGAGAGUGAAUGAUUCUGAACAGUAUUUGAAAACAAAUUGGAACAUAACAUCAAAUUUUUAGGCUAAGGAUGUAGUCAAUAUUUAAAUAGAAUUAUAGUUGUAAUACAUUUUAUAGUUGUAAUACAUUUUAUCUAAGUACAUUAAAUAAGAAAUAAAGUUAAAUUACAAACAAA